AUGAACGGCGUGGAUUCUCUCCUGCAAGCCGCGGCGAUCUACAAAUCGCGCGAUCCGAAAACGACGGAGGAGGAGGAAAUGCUGGAAAAUAUCUUCGACGCGCUGUGCAGCGUGGUGAUGGUGGACGAGAACAAGGAGCGGUUCGUGAAGUCGGAGGGCGUGGAGCUGAUGAUCAUCACGAUGAAGCAAAGGAAGCUCGCGUAUUCUUCGGCGAUGAAGGCUCUUGACUUCGCCACCAAGCGCUGCCCCGCCGCCUGCGAGCGAUUUGUGGAUGUGCUGGGGCUGAAAACACUCUUCUCCGCGUUUAUGAAUAAGAACAAGGAGCGGUUCGUGAAGUCGGAGGGGGUGGAGCUGAUGAUUAUCACGACGAGGCAGCGCAAGCUCGCGUACUCCUCCGCCAUGAAGGCCCUCGACUUCGCCACCACGCGCUGCCCCGCCGCGUGCGAGCGAUUCGUUGACGUGCUGGGGCUCAAAACCCUGUUCUCCGCGUUCAUGAAUAAGGUGACAGUGAAGCGCAAGGACAAGUCAGAGACGCUUCAGCUGCAGCAGGAGAUAGACGAGCGUGUCAUCUCCCUCAUUGCCUCCCUGCUCUGUACGUGUCAUCUCCUCUCUGUACGUGUGAUCUCCCUCAUUGCCUCCCUGCUCUCGGGGCUGUCCAAGGGGUCACGGCGGGACCGAGUGCUGAGCAAGUUCGUGGAAGGAGAGUAUGAGAAGAUCGACCAUCUUUUGGAGCUGUAUAUGAAGUACUGGGAGCGGGUGCGGGCGGAAGAGAGGAGGCAGUGCCAUUCAAUCCCUCCCCCACACUCCCACUCCACCUCUUCUCACCCCGUCUCCCCCAAUGGCAGGUACUGGGAGCGGAUGACAGACGAGGAUCGCUAUCUGGCCCGCCUGGAGGCAGGGCUCUUCACACUGCAGGUGCGCCCUCCCCCCACUGCAGGUGCGCCCUCCCCCCAGGUGCGCCCUCCCCCCACUGCAGGUGCGCCCUCCCCCCACCCACUGCAGGUGCGUGCCCUCCCCCCACUGCAGGUGCGCCCUUUUCUGCCCCCCACUGCAAGUGUGCCCUCCCCACAUGUACCUAUAUUCUCCCCCAACGCCUGUCUCGAGUGCACCGCUGCUCUCCUGCCAGCUCCUGUUCUCCUUCCUGGAAACACUCUCUGCCCCACUCUCCUGCCUCUUACUGUGUCCCCUCCUCUUCCCUCCAAUCACCAACACCCCCCCCCUCCCUCCGCCCCCACCCCCGUCUUUCGCCCUCCCCCUCUCCCUCCCCCCCGGGUCGUGUGUGUCACCUGUGAACGCCCUCUUGCGGGAUGGGCCUCUCCCAUCAUUACUGCUAUUACUACCAUCAGCUCAUCGCUCUCAUCCUCGCCCACCUCUGGGCUGCAGAGUAAGUACGAAGCACACACACCCCCAUGCCUCUUUCGAGAUGUCUCAGUGCUUCUGGGUGUGAUUGCCACCACCAUCAUCACCGUGUUUUGGGUGGUAUCGCCGCAUCAGCUCAUCGCUCUCAUCCUCGCCCACCUCUGGGCUGCAGAGUAA